AUGAAUUAAUUAUAAAUCUCAACUUAAGAAAUUAGCAAAUACAAAGACACGAUUACUUAAUUUCUAAAAGACAAUACUCUCUACGAUUGUUUGGCUCAUCACAAUUAGGUAUGGGUAUGAUAAUAAUUAAAAGCUGAUUGUUUUGGAUUAGACAUUCACUUGUUGGGAAGUAUUUUAGAUUUUCGUUGAGGAGAACUUGGAAGAAACGUUAUUUUGGAGUUCAGACAUUUCGAAUUAUGAUGGAGUAUUCACGCACUCAGACUUGAUAAAGGUGUUGUUGAAAUUAUACGAAAAUGCAUUUAACAAUAAAUCUUCAUGUAUAAUAUUAAAUUUAAUUAAGUAUAACAGUCUGGCCCCUUAUUCAAUGUAAUUGAGGAGGAAAGCGAAGACCAGGAAGAAAGCACCUAAAAGAGUCAAUCUCAGAAAUAGUAGCCGAGGGAAUUGAACGACGACCAAAAACUAAGAUUAAUUUAUGAGAUGAAAACUAUUUCCAUCAGACAAUGGAAUCGCAUAUUGAAGGACGAUGUAAUUGCUCACUUUUAUUCAAAAUAGUUGGAAUCUCAAAUUGGAUUUGUUCAGGGGAGAAAUGACGAAAGAUUAUACGAUGCUUGUGUGAAAAUAGUGAAGUCGGGGACCAGCCGACUCUUCGUUGUUGAUCCGGAAACACUAAUGUUCCAAGGAGUGAUUCACCAAAAGGACAUCUUGUCAUUUUUAAUCAAGGGCUUUACUCAAUAUUUAGGGACAAUCCUAAAAUAAUAAAAUAAUAUUCUAUCUUAACAUUAAGUCAGCAUCAAGGUGUUUUUCUCUAAUUACAAUCGACAAAAGGAAAUUAUAACUUGUAAAGAGAAUGAAACUGUUUAUUAGUAUCUAUUGAAUUUUAAACAAGAGUAUUUUAUACUAUGAUGCACAAUCAUAAGUCUUAUAUCAUCCCGAUUGUUAAUAGCAAUGAGGAGUAUGUGGGAUAAAUCAACAGAAGAGACAUCAUUUUGAUAAUCAAAAACGGUUUAUUUGAGUUGGUAAGCUUACAUCACUACAACAAUAGUUUUCUUAGACCGCCUCCUAAUUGUUAGUUUUCUUGUAAACUGAAAAAGCAAGAAUACCAGCCUAUUAAUACUAUUCUAAACAAUUCUUUAGUAUGGAUUAAACCAUAAAAGAAGUAACUAAAUUAGUCUUAUAAGGUUGUUGAAAAUCUGGUUUUAUCAGAUAGCUCAGCUUUGAUAUGUUUGUCUCCAAACAGAUAAAUUCAAGCCAUAAUCACAAUUUCAGAUAUUCUGAGAUUCAUAUUAAAAGAUGUAUAUUGA